AUGACUGAACUCACACGAAACCCCCGCAAGUCCCGCUCUCCAAUCGAGAAGAAUUGGAUGCUGUUUUUCUUACCCAGCGGUGAAGCCUUCAUCCACUACGAUCUUCCCGCCACAUCCGACAGCACACGCGGUCGUACUCUCGCCAAAAUGCUCGGGAACGGCCUGACCACUCCGAAUUUGACGGACCCACUGGAAAGUCCUUGCUUGCACAACGCCUUCGAGGAGGAGAUUGCGAAGCAGCAUGCCUCUUACAAUAGCACCAACAAGCCUAAGCGCGAAGUAGAACACGACAAGCGGAAGCUCAUGAAAUGGCAUCAAGCAACUAACGCCCUCCGCUUGGUCCUCUGCAAUCGGUCCGACCAAAAAUGCAAGGACACACCAGAGAAUUCGAUAUUCUUCGCACUCGUCCACCGCAAAGUAUCGAACGCGCUGAAACUUCCAAUGCGGUACGAACGGUUCUUCAUCGCUUGGUCAUCCACCCCACCUUUCCAUAUGAUCGGCAUAUCACAGCAUCCUAUCCUGAUGCGGAAUGAGUCGGCGUUAGGUUGGACACCAUCUGAGAGUUGGGACGACGAUCCAGAGAACGCAAAGAUUGUGGCGGCGACCAAGGCGCGAAUUCCAAAGAAUGCUAGUGAGCCGUAUGGUGGGAAAGGUCAUUGGGCCAGCUUCACCUACACGGUAAGCAUUUCAUAUGCGUGGGGAAGGAAACCAAGAAAGGCGAGUCAUGGGGAUCGGAGUGAGGAUAUGCACAUGGGUUAUCUUGAUGAUGAAGUCAUUCUUGCAAUUGGGGUGGACGAUGAGGGUGGGGUUUUUGCUCAGGUGGAGGCAAAGGAGCUGGUGCAGUGUAUGCGCGCCUGCUCGGGUAGAAAUUGA